GUUUGCCGCUAAAACUAAACUCGCUCCAGCUAUAGUGUUGUGUGGAUAAAAGUCACAGGAAAGAGACAUUUACUGAAUUUGACAGUAUAUUGUCCCUGCGUGUUGUCUAGUUUCAGAAACAAACAGUGUGGCUAAAAUCAGCAGCUGACGAUGGGAAUCUCUGGAUUGCUGCAGUUCAUCAAAGAUGCUGCAGAGCCUGUCAAUGUGAAAAAAUACAAAGGCCAGACUGUGGCUGUGGACACAUAUUGUUGGCUGCAUAAAGGAGCAUUUUCAUGUGCGGAGAAGCUCGCUAAAGGAGAACCAACUGAUCAGUACGUGUGGUACUGUAUGAAAUAUGUGGACAUGCUGUUGACCUUCAGUAUCAAACCAGUUCUGGUGUUUGACGGACGCAAUCUGCCUUCAAAACAAGAAGUGGAAAAGGCUCGCAGAGAUCGCAGAGAAGUCAACCUUCAGCGAGGCCGACAGCUACUACGUGAAGGCAAAGUGUCCGAGGCCAGAGACUGUUUUUCUCGCUGUGUAAACAUCACCCCAACCAUGGCUCAUAAUCUUAUUAAGGCUGCACGGGCAAGAGGAGUGGACUGUGUUGUGGCCCCAUAUGAAGCUGAUGCUCAGUUAGCUUACCUCACUAAAUGUGGUUUGGCCCAGGCUGUCAUCACAGAAGACUCUGACCUGCUGGCAUUUGGCUGCAAAAAGGUCAUCCUUAAAAUGGACAAGCAGGGCAAUGGACUGGAGAUAGACCAAACUAACAUGGGCCGCUGUCGUGCUCUGGGCAACGUUUUUACAGAGGAGAAGUUUCGCUACAUGUGCAUCCUCUCUGGAUGUGACUAUCUGGCCUCCCUACAUGGCAUCGGCCUAGGCAAGGCAUGCAAACUGCUGCGAUUGGCCAAAGACCCUGAUAUCCUCAAGGUGAUCAGAAAGAUGGGCCAGUACCUGAAGAUGAAUCUAGUGGUCCCUGAACAGUACAUCGCGGGAUUCAUCAGAGCCAAUAACACCUUCCUCUACCAGCUGGUGUUUGACCCAGUCAGGAGGAAGGUUGUACCCCUCAACCCGUACCCAGAGCACAUCGACCCGGCCACCCUCAGCUACGCUGGACUCAAUCUAGGAGAUGAACAGGGCUUGCAGAUGGCCUUAGGAAACCUUGACAUCAACACCAUGGAGAAGAUAGAUGUCUUCAACCCAGACAAACCCAUUCCACAGCUUUCUAAACCCAGUAGUCACAGCUGGAAUGAUUCACCAGCCCCCACUGGGCACAGUAUCUGGAGUGGAGGCUUAAAGCCAGCACCUGCUGCCUCCCCAGACAGGCCUGCCUCUACCAGGGGGAAGGAGAGAAUCACCAGCCUGGAUGGUCUGAGGCUGUCCUGCAGAGAACUGCAGGUGAAAAGACUGCGAGAAGACUCCAAUGUAUCCGACGAGGAUGUGCUGCAGCAAUACUCGUCAUCCAGUCAGAAGCGAUCCAGGUCAGACCAGCAUCCAGACAAACCAACAUUAACCACUCCACCCCGACCACGCAACCGCUUUGCCACCCUGCUGCAGAGGAGGAACCAGGAAGCUGAGGAAGAUGGCCAAGCCACGUGCAGCAGAUUCUUCAGCAUUUCCAGUUCAGCAGCCAGUCUGAGCACUAAGGAGACUGCUCAAGAGGGUUUACCUCAGGGUGCGAGUCUCACUCAGGAAAAUACACUCAGCAUCCAGACCAAUGACAGCGAUGGUCCUGAUGUCCCAUCUAUGGAAACCCCCAGCCCGCCUCCACCACCUAGCAUCACAUCUCCCAGUUCAGCCAGUCAGGGUCUCAGGCUGUUUCACUGGUCAGGCAGCUCCUCUUCGACUGAACAAUCGAGAACGCCAAAGUCAACUUCAGGCCUAACCUCCCUGCAGCAGUUUCAGUAUAAGAGGGAGAGUUUUCCCCUAUUCACAAAGACCCACAGACCCCCUGGAGACAUGUCACCUCUACGUUACUCCUCCUCUGACGGAAACACAGAGGAAAAGAAUGACUUUCCAGGUUCCACCUGCUCCCAGGACAGUGCCUACUUUUCCCAGUCCCAGCCUUACCUCACUUCGUGCCACAAAGAGGAAGUCCUCACCCACAGCUUUCCCUCCUCGUACCAAGACGAUACUGCAACUGAAAUGAGAUCAAGCAAAGAUUCUGAGCCAGAGCAGAGUCCCACACACUCAAUAGAAGAAGAUAAGAAACCUGGCAUGCUCAGGUCAAAGGUUUCAGGUCUGUUGAAGCCACAGUCCAGCAAUCAGCAUCAAGCAUCAAAAGAGCGACUGUUUGGCCCGGCCAGGGCCAGUGGACUGAGGAAAAAGUCUUUGGGUUUUGGAAAGAAAACAGUUUCCUCCAAUAAUGAGAACAACCCUGGUGUCCAGGCCACCAUCAGCAGCCUCUGGAAGAACUUCAGCUUCAAAAAGGAUACCCAGAAGGUGAUUCCCUCUAAGAAAGGAGAGCCCAUGUCUCCUGUGAAAGACAACCUGCCGGCAAACUCACCUCAGACUGACAUUAAUUUAAUCAGCAGCUUCUGAAAGAUGCUUUAAAUGUUUCACACAGUGCUAAGCGCUGUGUGUGGGACUGAAGCUUUUAAACAUACCACUUAUGUUAAUGAUUUCUUGACAAGUUGUAUUUCUUAGUGUAUAGUUUUUAAUAAAGCAACUGGCCUGCAAUAGAAGUGUAUUGUGAUUGGGUGUAGAUUGUGUAGUAACUGAUGUUGAGUUUCUAAAGUUGUAUGAAGUUGGGUUGCAUCACAUCUUGCUAUUGUCAAACCCUUCAACACAGCAGUCAAAGAACGUGUCACCAGGUAAAAAUGCAUAUUUGAAUGUUAAGUGAAAAUGUCCUGCCCACAUGCAUGCUGAGGAAUGUGGCUGGCUUCCUACGGUAUGUCUUCAGAACAGUGUCAAGUAUCUGCACCGGUCAGCCCAAGUACAGGCUUUUCGGUGGGUUUUAGUGUAUAGAACAGUUUAAGUUCUCUCUCUUGUCAAGUGUUGUCAGAUGGACUGUGUGCUUUUUUAGCUGUCAGUACGUUUACAUGGACAGUUUAAUUCCACUUUUAAUCGGAAUGAAAAGCCAUUCCGAUUAAAAGUGGUCAUGUAAACGGUCAUUCCGAUUAAAAAAUGGUCAUUCCGAUUGAAAAUUAAAUCCGAUUAAAGCGGGUGGUUUAUUCAGUUUGUCAUUCCGAAUGAAAGAAUUUUGUGUGUAUGUAUACACUCAUUCCUCUUUAAGUUCAUUCUGGUCAUUCUGCGCAUGCUCGUUUCCUUGCCCUUCUGGCGCGAUGACGUAUAUAGCGCGCAUAGCAAUGGGCUGCAUAGCAACAGGCUGAGAUAGAGCAGUCGGACUCCUUGCGCUCACCGGUUUCCAUUUGCCACAGCACGGUCUUCUAUCUCCCUUCUCCUCCUCAACAGAUGAAGCAUUAGCAGAACAAGGUUGUUGUCGUACUGCUGCUUCAAGAAUAUAAGCAAAACAAGCCCGAAAAAGGCACUAAGAACGGCGUCGUUAAGCAUCUUGUUAUCCGGAGCGAGGACUACAGUGUUUUCUUCCGGUAAACGUAAACACGUAACAUCCGCCCCGCCCCCUAUCCAAUCAGAAACCUUCCCCACUCCAAACCUUGCGCAGACCUGAAUAAAGGCGAUUGAACUGAUCUCCCAUGUAAACCCUCAUUCGGAAUGAAUAUUUCCCAUGUAAACUACCUGGAAAAACUUUAAUUCCGAAUGAUUUCAUUCAGAUUUAUUUUUUAUUCCGAAUGAGAAGCCAUCAUGUAAUCGUAGCCAUUCAACCAAAGAAAAUCUCUCCUCAGGUUAGUCAGUGUAAUCCUGCUUAAAGUUUGAAUCUAUGUCGACCCCCACCUACCUCUGAGUAGAUGAACCUCAUGAUAAGCUCAUAGAAGACUUUUCAUUUGGUGACUUUAAAUCCUUCACCUACCUUUUUUUUCCAAUGGAGUGCUUCAAGGCUCAGUCCUUAGCCAUUAAUUAUUCUCCAUUAAUGUUACUUUUAGGCCAUAUCAUUCCGAAGUUAAAUAUCAGUGUCCAUUUUUAUGCAGAUGACUCCCAGAUCUUAUUCUAAUUUGAGUCCAAUAACACAGCUGGUCAAAUCACAAUUCUGUCCUACAGAGUAUAAACAUUGGCUCUCUAAA